AUGUGCUACGGAAACUACUUUGGUGGCCUGGGCUACGGCUAUGGUGGCCUGGGCUAUGGCUAUGGUGGCCUAGGUUAUGGCUAUGGUGGCCUGGGCUAUGGCUAUGGUGGCCUGGGCUAUGGCUAUGGUGGCCUGGGUUAUGGCUAUGGCUGUGGCUGUGGCUCUCGAUAUGCAUACAGCACCUAUCGUCCAUGCUGCUAUGGAAGAAUUUCUGGGUUCUACUAA